AGGUCAGCGAGUUCAGCCGUAUGGUGGCGGCACCAGCUCGAUGUCGUCUGUUUUAAAAUGGCGGCUAGAGUUUACAUAUGUAAAAGUACCGUAGCUUGAAAUGUUUGUUUCGAACUUACCAAGCAAAUUACAAACGUUGUAUAGGUUUCUACUGGGAGAGCUCAAAACGUAGCUUUCAAUUUGUACCAAAAUGGCGACCAGAAGCCUCACAGAAGCGUUUGUGCUGAUGCGCAAUAACGCCCUUCAAAGCAAGCAUAUCUUCGGAGAUCAUGUUCAUGAAGACACCGUGGCACUAGUUGGACGGGAUGUCGAAACUGGUAUGGGCAUUUAUAAAGACGAUGCGGAACCUCCUCGAUGGAUUGACGCAUUGGAAGAGGUUAAUUACCAGAUGACGAAGAUCAGAGACAAAAUGAAAGAGCUGUCUGCCUUGCAUGAUCGCCACCUCAACCGACCAACAUUUGAUGAAAGUUCACUUGAAGAAGACGAGAUUGAGCAAACAACACACCAAUUGACGCAGCUUUUCAGUCAUUGCCAGCAACUGCUGUCUGUGAUCCAGCAAGGAGUCCGGUAUGGCUCGAAUUCCAAGGAGGCUCACUUGGCACAGAAUGUGGUGCGCUCUGUGGCUGGUUCACUCCAGUCACUCAGCACUAGCUUCCGUUCUUCUCAGACAACAUACUGCAAGAGGCUUCAAUCAAGAGAGGAGCACUCGAACAAAUUUUUCGAUGUUCCAUUUUAUAUGGAAGAGACGCAGCUUUCUCCAGAAAGAUUUGGAGGAGAUCAUCAGCUCCAGAUGGAAGACCAACUUUUCCUGGAAGACAACACAGAAAUGGUGCAUAUGCGAGAGCGAGAGAUCAACAACAUCUUGCGGUCCAUCACAGAACUGAACACCAUAUUCAAAGACAUUGCCAACAUGGUGGCUGAGCAGGGAACUGUGCUGGAUCGCAUAGACUAUAACUUGGACACAGUGCAGACAAGGGUUCAACAGGGCCUCCAACAGCUACAAAAGGCUGACACGUAUCAGAAGAAGAACCAUAAAAUGAUGUGCAUCCUUGUCAUGGCAGCCUCCACUAUCAUCCUCAUUAUCCUUCUCUUUGCAUUCAAGCUGUAGACUGAAACAGUGCUGUGCUUUCCACUCAUGACCUGCGGGCGACAUCAGAGACAUAUCAGUGUGGGACACGCCUUCAUGCACCACCACAGUGUAUGCGUUGCUGUCAUUGCUGCAUUGCUCGGGAGCAAAGGUGUUGCCUGGUUCACAAUCAUGUUAUAUCUUGAAACAUUGUGAUGUGACUGAUGUAAAUGUUGACUGGAAACUACCUAAGAGAAAUGCACUGUGUGAAGCUGAUAACAUGCAUAUUUGCUCUUCAUUUCUUUUAGUGCACAAAAAAAAAAAACCUGUGAUACAGGGCACCUCCAGCUACUGGUGCUUGUACUUUGCUGUGCUUGGUAGUGCGAGUAUUUUAUGCUUGUCACCAUUAUUUUCAAUUAACUGUUGCUGUCAUUGAUUGAUGACUGUUGGUAAAGUAAUGGCUGGAUUUCUUUGUGUGCACAUAAAGCUCCUUUCUGAGGUAAUUUUGCACGCAUCUUCUUCUCUUAGGUACUCCAAAGCAUGGUUUGACUUCUGUGCUUUAUCACUAAUGUUUACGGCCAUUGUAAGCUUAUUUUAAUUAAUCAAGCUAUAUUUCUAUGUUAACUCGUAUAUCCCUAGUGCCCAACUUUUGGGAUGACUGUUUGUUUUAUGACAACACAACCAACUUCAAAAACGGAAAAGUAGCAGGGUGUACAACCUUGUGGGGCAACAAAUUCUGCUGUUUACCUCAAGAACUUUUACCAUCCUGCGUUCAGCAGGCCAGGGAAACAAGUGAAUGUGAAGGCUUGUAUUAGUUUUUACAGACUUCAGAUUUUUCUAGAGUCUUAGUUGUGUAGUUAAUUUUUCUUUUUGAUUUGUAUCACAGAGUUGGUUAUUGCACGUUCUUUGUGCUGAAUUUUCCUUGGCAUUCAAAUGAUGCAGCAGCCAUGCUGUAAGUAUGCUGCACAAGUUAACAGUGUCUAUUUAAAUUUCCCUAGUCUUCGAAGAUCCAAGUUUUUUUUUUAUGAUUGUUUUUUUUGCAUGCAUUAGUAUUUUAAAUGUGUCUGCACAGCUGUCCAAAGAAGUGUGUACCAUCAGCAAAACAUGGAAAUGCAAACAAGAAAAAGCUGAUCAGAACACCUGUUGCAUGGGAGUCCAACAUGCAGUCACUCUGUAGCUUGUUCCUAAGCAUGGUGUAGUCUCAAAUGUAAAAGUUUUGGAGCCUUUAUAAGCCACUGUGUAUUGCAAAUGCAGACAGACCUGGAAAUGCAAUGACACAUUCUAGUCAUUUUUUACUUGUUUGCAUUUUCAUUUAUUCUGAUAGUACACUUUUAGUUGUACAGUCGACUUCCAUUAAGUAAACCCUGAUGGAGCUGUGAAAAUUGGCUGAAUUAUCGAGCACAUUGAAUUAAAAAGGAAGGCAGAAAAAUUUUCAAACUUGCAGUCUCUUUAUUUCAAAACAAUUCAUGAUCAUCUUGUGUCAUUCAAGCUUUAAAGAAUGUUUGAGAUAGCUUGUUUUCUAGCACACCAGUGUAUUUAAUUAAAUGCCUCUUCAGCAUGGGCCUCAUGAAAGAACUUCUGUGGCAUUGAGCCCAGCUUCUGUUGUGCAUAGACACUUAUGUAAUAUCUCUGACAGAAACCUUGUAGCUUUUGUCAUCUCCACCAUUCACGCUGCCUCUCACGAUAUGCAAAACAGCAUUGCUAGUCAUGGCACUCCAGAUAUCCACUUCUCUUUCAAUGUUGACAAAAUGCUCAACAAAACUGCUGGCAAGAAUAGGUAAAAAUGAUAUCCAUAUUCUGCAGAAAUAGCAUUCAAUUAAUAGUGUUAAUGUAUCUUUCGGUUAUCCAGAUCUGCUUGACCCAUUCUGCUCUAUUUUCAUUUUCGCCACUCUGACUGCACCGCUUGCUGCCUUGUCUAGCUCUUCCUUAUGCUGCUUGUGUAUCAGUCAAGGUCAGAUCGUCUGAUGUAUGGCACUUUUAAGGGGCCCCUAAAUGACUCUAAGCUCUACAACUUUUUUAUGUAAUGCCAGCUGCGUCCCAGUCUACAAUCAACAUGAAGCCACAAGAAUUUUUCAAAAAGAUGCCAUAAUAUAAAAAUUACAGGCACUCGUCCAAUGACGACAUGGCUGCCAUAAUUUCUCGCUCACUUUCACGACUCUUCCUCUAGGCUCCUUCUCACUGCUUACUAUCACCUAGUCCAUACAGUGCAGUGAAAGCUAUGGGUCACAUCACACAAGAAGAAAAUUACCUUCAUUGUCCACCCCUAAUCACCCUCUGUGUUGUGCAGACUGAAUGGAAGCUUCACAGAAAGACCAGUGGUGCACAAUGGGCAAGCCCCUAUAUUUUCUCAGUACACACAGCCAGCUCUCAUCAUGUUGGCGCUCUCCUUCCUUGCCAACCAACAGAUCAACACCUUUUACCCUGGUGACAUUACAUGCAUGACCCUGAUACAAAGAAGAGACUGGAAAAGCUCGGAGAGGUGCAUGAGAUUGUUUUUUAAAUUUGCGACUUCCCCAAAGUGCGUAGUGCUGCCAUGUUUGACAAAGAUAAUUGUUGCAAUAUUAUGUACAUGAUGCAUGUGUUCGCUUAAAUGUGUUGAAAAUGGCAGGGUAGCUUAGGGCCCCUUUAAGACAGAAAACAGAAAGCUUGGCUCAUGAGAACGCUGUGCCACCAGCUGGGACCUUCUGGUACGAUCAAAUUAGUAAGCUCUUGAACAAGAGAAGACUGCUUAGAACUGAAUCAGCUUCAGUUUCAUUUGUGAAUAUUUAAAUUUUUUUUAAAUAGCUGUGGUCAAGACUGCUUAGAAUUGUGGGAUGCUUAUGCUCUUGUUAAUGCAGUAACGAAAAUCAAAUUAGUGUUAGUCAGCUGUAUCCUGUUACCCCUUUACACAUGAAAGCAUUUUAAUUAAAAUGAAGCAUGCAGAGAAAAGCUGUCAGGAAAGGCCAGUUUAUGAUGUCAUUGGCUCUUCUUCCUCUGUCACAUGACAAUGUUCUCAAAUAUUCUGAGUUAUUUGAGCAGUCGUAAUUCGUGAGGCAGUGUGGGCUAAUAGGUGUGUUUAGUUACCUUUGCACUCAUGAUCAUUACAGAUGUAUCUUUAAAAAUUCAUACAGAUCUAAUGCACUUGUUGGGAUCUAUGCAGAGCAAAGCUUGAGUGGAGUGAAUAAUUAAAUGCUUUACAGCCAAUGGCGAUGCAUACAAUUUGGUGUUGACAGGUGUGUGCACAGAAAAGUAUGACACGUAUCAAGCAACAUUUAAGGAUUUUGUACCUCUAGUGUUACAUUGGGACAUAACCAUUCUGGAGGAUUGGCUGAAAACGGGCUAACCCCCAGUUGCAGAUACCGAAUGGCUAAAUCAAAGAAAGUAAAAAUUUCUUGAAAUAUAAUUAAUCACUCUGUUAACAGAUCAGUGUGCUUUAGCGAUAUCUGUGAGCCGAAAUUAUAUCUACAUAUUUUAAGUUGAAAUUGUAUAUAGUGGAACAUGCCGUUUCCAGAAGAUUGGCCAAGAACCUAGUGGCACAUACUGAGUGGCUAAAUCAAAGAAAAUUAUGUAAUUCAAUGAAUCCGUUAAGUAUGAUUCACCAUUCCAAUAACACAUUGGUGUGCUUUAUAAAUGCCUUUGAGCCAACAUUAUAUGUGCAGAUCUUAUAUAGGAAAUUAAUUUGUUGUUUUAAGAACAGAGCUGGACAUACAUGGUCAGCCUACAAGGUUUAUAUGAGCCACUUAUGGAUACCUUCAUGUAGCCUUUGUAUAUAUGCAUAAAUAUAUUCCACAAAUAUAUUCGGCAAGACAGCAGCCACGAUAAGGAAAGCCUUAAAGGUUUCACAAUGAUUCAAGUGCAAAAGUACCAACGUGCUUAUACUAAGAUAGGCUUCCUUACUGUCUAGAAAUUAAAAUACAUAGAAGGGACAUUUCACUUUUUGUAGAGUGUGAGAAUACAGACAGACAGACAAAGAACUUUACUAAUGCUCCUGAGGAACAGCGUUAGGGUACCUCCCUUUUCAGGGAGUCCCCGUAGCCGUUGCGGGCCGCAACUACGUCGGGGUAGGAAGAUUGUGGUCUUACGCCCUGUCGCAGGCCCUCUGGACAGCCCGUAGUUGCUCUGAGAGGUCGCCGCUUUUAAGGGCUGCCUCCCAGUCGGUUAGAAUGGUUAGCGAUGAGCUGCGUGAGAAUGCAGCAUUCUUUGUGUCUUUACCACUUGAAAUAGGAAAAGCAUUUUUGGUUGCAAUGGCCUCUGCAGAAGGGCUCAGAAACGAAUAAGCAUUUGUAUUGAUAUGUAAUUGAAGUGGAAUUUCUGAAAACUACACUUCUUAAAAAAAAAAAGAACAAUUAAAAAAGAAGGUGACAUGGUAAUACAAUGUUUGCCUGUGCCUGGCUCUCUCACUUUCUGCACCUCCUAACAAUCUUUGUUAUGCAUUUCCAUGCAUUAUAUUGAUGUGGACAGUUUAUUCACACUUGAUAUUCAUCACUGCCAUAUUGGAAGAGCUCUGAAUGCAAGGUUGGGCCGGCAUAAUGUAAAACUAUUCCAAUCUGUUUUUAUUCCAAAUUGGCCAUUAGCCCUCUGUGAUAGAUCGAAAUGGCUCAGGCUCUGCCCAUAUGGGAGGGCACCACUCUUAUAUGGGCAGAGCCCGAGACAUUUCGGCCUAUCAGGGAGUGCUAAUGGCUGAUUUAGAAUAAAAACAGAUUAGAAUAAUUUGAUAUUAUACCAGCCUUGGUGUAUUAGUUUAAUAAUGCUCCAAAGUGGACAUAGAGUGAUACACAACUUCACUGUUUGCUCAGCAGCAGCUAAAUAGCUUCCGUUAAAUAUAUUUCGCAUGUUGUAUAGUGAUACACAUUACCAGCAACAAGAAACCUCUCAAGAAGCAAGUUUGCGCUUUAGUGCUGUUGAUUUGUGCUCAUCCUCUAGAACACUGAAAAACAUUAGCUGCACUAGUUGUAAUUGUGUCCUUCCCUCCUUAAGUACUGUUGGGAGAAAAUUGUGCAAGGAGAUGUGUUCUUUGUAAGUUUUGUUCCAUGUAUAUACAUCUGAAACCCACUAUUAAGGGGCUAUGCUAUAGGCAUGUAGGUUAAAAUAGAUUUCCCUUGCAUAACAAUCUUCAAUGGACAUAGUGUCGGUAAACUAUUUUUCUACUUGUGUUCUUUUGUAGUAGAUGCGGAAGGUUUACUGUAUUUAUAAAUCAAUUUGGAACUUGAUUGUAUAUACAUUCUAACCUAUGGUAUUUACCGAGCAUACAGAGAGACAUGCUUUGUGCAUCAGCUGUACUUUAAGCUAUAGGCAAAGAAGCACCGGUGCACCACAGCUUUUUGCUGAAUGUUAAAAAGCUGGCGUCUUACGACUUCUACACUUGGACCACAACUUACAGAAGCAUUUACCCUGGAUAAAAAUGGUGCGGACCUAAUGUAAUAAUUUGGCCUUUAGUUACACAUGCAUUUGAAUCACACAUAAGGCAACAAGGCUGUUUGGGUUUCUCGAGACCAGAUCUGAACUUGCUAGCGUUUUGCAGGUACAUUACUGUCUGAAAUGUUCACUUGCUUUUUUGUAUGCGUGUGAAGGCUGUUCAGAAAGUUGUGAAAGAAUAGUUGUGUUAUGAUGGCUGUUGAGCUAAAAACUGUCGAGAUUGAGAAAAAUUGUGUGCUCGGAAGUGCACGUUUCUUGCUGUCCUAAAGCUACAUUGUUUUUGUUAUAGUAACCAGCACUACAAUUAUAUUGAAAUUUGCUUGUUACCCAAGUCAUUUAUUUUGCAUGGGAAUUGAGGUAAUAUGCUGUGGAUUUGAUUGUUGCUUUAUAAAUGUCUCGUCAGGGGUCAGUUAAAAUUCAUGGGGUCCACCCUUGAACCUCAAAGUAAAUGUUUUUCACUAAUAAAAUUGUAAGUGCUGCAAACAUUGAAACAUAAAAGGCAUGUUAAUGUUA